GGAUGUCUGUUACGAAGUCAUGACGUCUAUGUAAGGUAAAGACUGAUACGAGCGUGUGAUCUGUACUUCAUUCACCCCAAGUUUAAUACCAAUUUUGUCUUUAUUCAUCCGACUUGCAAAUCGACAGAUGUGGAGACGUGUGGAGCCGCAAGGGUCUUGUUGCAGCGGCUAUACUUAUUCCCGCCAAUUUCAGCCCUACUGGGCAGGAAGAGGUAUUUUUGUGCACCUUACCCCUCAGAAAGGGAACCUUUCAACUUCCUGGUUUUAUUUCGUGUUCACUUUCUUUCUCUUAUCCCACAUGUUCAUCGAACAAAUGUUGCAUGGAUCAAGCCUCAAUCCUUAGCAUGUUCUCCCUGGUCGGGCAGACAGCACUCAUCACAGGUGGAACACGAGGCAUUGGUCAAGCCAUGGCUUUGGCACUGGCAGAAGUCGGUGCAGAUAUCAUUCUUGUGCAACGCGAUGUCGAGAAUCUCGAGACGAAAAAGGCGGUUGAGGCUCUUGGCCGCAAAGCAACAGUCUACACAGCUGAUCUCUCAUCGCAGCCAUCAGUAGCAGGCAUCGUACCGGCUGUGUUGAAGGAUGGUCAUUCUAUUCAGAUCCUCAUUAAUUGUGCUGGAAUUAACAAGCGGCAUCCCAGUCAUCAGUUCCCCGACAGUGACUUGAAUGAAGUUAUGCAAGUAAACCUCAACGCCACAUUCUCUCUCUGCCGCGACGUCGGCGCCCACAUGCUCUCCCAACCCCUCCCCGCCUCCGGCCGCCGCGGUAGCAUCCUCAACUUCGGCUCCCUGCUCUCCUUCCAAGGCGGUCUUAACGUUGCCGUCUACGCCGCUUCCAAAGGCGCUAUAGCCCAGCUCACGAAGGCGCUCAGCAAUGAAUGGGCGGGCCAGGGUAUCACGGUUAAUGCUAUCGCGCCGGGAUAUGUGGUUACGGAUAUGAACGAGAGUUUGUUGAAGAAUGAGGAGCGGUUGAGGAGUAUUAAUGAGAGGAUUCCGGCUGGGAGAUGGGGAGAGGUUGGGGAUUUUAAGGCGGCGGCUGUGUUUUUGUGUGGGAGUGGGGGGAGUUAUGUUACGGACAUGUUUUGGCCAUUGAUGGUGGGUGGCUUGCGAGGUAGAUUUGCUGUGGUUUGAAGGAGAGAGAAAUUGGGUUGUAUUUGAAGUUUAAGGCUAAUUUGAAGAAUAU